GACUGGAAAUCUCAGCUAAGACCAGUGGAUCGGGCGGGAGGAGGAGAAACAGAAAGGAAGCCUGCAGAGAAGCAAAAGGAGAUUAAGCUCAGCCAAAAUGGAGGCGACAUUGAAUUUCGAGGAGAAGGAUUGGUUAGCAUGUUGCGGCAGCACUAAAUUCGCCAAGGAAAUGGCGUCCGCGUCGCCCUUCUCCUCGCUCGAUCAGGCUGUUUCUGCAGCCAGAGAUAUCUGGUUCAACAAGGUUUCCAUCCUUUUUCCUUUCCCUCUUUCGAUUCUUUCAUUUUCCUGUCUCUGCUGAUUCGUCACUGGAAAAUCAUUCUGAUUGGGUACAAACCGUUGAUUUUGAGGAAUAAAAAGGUAGAUGUUAAUGGUUGGCUCGAAGCUUUCGCCGCUCAUCCUCAGAUUGGCCAGUCCUCCGCCCCCGCUGCCGCUUCUCAUGCCGCUUCUGAAUGGAGUAAGGGAGAGCAAUCAACAGCGAUAUCCACUGCAUCUACUUCCAUCUUGCAGGAACUAGCUGAUUGGAAUGCUCGGUACAGGCAAAAAUUUGGGUUCAUUUUUCUUAUAUUUGCAUCUGGGCGUAGUUCUGGUGAAAUACUUGUGGAGCUGAAGAAACGUUAUGAAAACCGGCCUAUAGUUGAGUUUGAGAUUGCGGCGCAAGAGCAAAUGAAAGUAACAGAACUACGACUUGCAAAGCUCUUCGCCACCGCAACAAGAUCUGCUGCAACAGAAGACCGUGUGAGCAUCAUUGGAGGGCAUUUUACUCCGACUCCCGAAGCUUCAUCUGGAAAGCCUUCUCAAGAAGUACCAACUCGAACUCGUCCACCAAUUACAACACAUAUAUUGGAUGUUUCAAGAGGGUCUCCAGCUGCUGGAGUUGAGGUGCUAUUGGAAAUGUGGCACGGUGCUCAACCUCGUCCAUCAUUUGGCGGGAGAGGAGAUGUAGGCGGCUGGGUGUAUCAGGGAUCCUCGAAGACCAACACCGAUGGUAGGUCUGGGCAACUGACGAGCAUAGUUGAUGCGGUCAAACCUGGAAUAUACAGAAUAAGUUUCAACACGGGGGAGUACAAUCCAUCUGGGUUCUUCCCCUAUGUGUCUAUUGUGUUUGAGAUCAGGGAGUCACAGAAGUUGGAGCACUUCCAUGUUCCUUUGCUCGUUUCGCCAUUCUCGUUCUCUACCUAUCGAGGGAGCUAGAGCUAGAGGGUUCAUUAACUCCCAUUGUGCUUCUGGUAGUGCAGGUCAUAUGGAAGGGCUGGGUUUAUGUAAAACUAGUGCUGAGAUUUGUAGAGAAUAAGCCAGCUUUUGUGUGAGUGGUUUCUCCUAGUUCUGCUUUUUGUAAACCGACUUUCUGGUUUGUACUGGUCCAUGUAUCACUAUAUCAGUAAUACUGCUGCUGCUUGAAAGUUAAAUAUUGCUCCGGUGAGAAAAAGCUAACGACAAGCGCCGGUUCUUUUUCUGUUGAUAAAUUUAGUACC